GAUUCUCUGAUUCUCUGAUUCCUUGAAGCGCAGAGCAGUGAAUUUCGAAGAUGAGUCGCGGGGCAGCAGCCGGACCCAAGGGAAAGAAGAAGGCAGUGUCAUUCACCAUCGACUGCACGAAGCCGGUGGAGGAUAAGAUCAUGGAUAUCGCCUCACUGGAGAAGUUCCUUCAGGAGAAGAUCAAGGUCGGCGGCAAGGCUGGUGCGCUAGGUGACACCAUCACCGUCACCCGCGAUAAGAGCAAGAUCACCGUCACCUCCGAGAGUGAUUUCUCCAAGCGGUACCUUAAGUACUUGACUAAGAAGUAUUUGAAGAAGCACAAUGUGCGUGAUUGGCUUCGGGUUAUUGCAUCCAACAAGGACCGUAGUGUUUAUGAAUUGCGCUACUUCAACAUUGCUGAGAAUGAGGGAGAAGAGGAGGACUGAAGAUUCAGUUCAGUACUUUGUCAAAUUACCUAGUUUCUUGUUUAUCAGUCCCAAAGACUUGCCCUUUUUUUUUCAGCUGUGAUACUUGUGAACUUCUUUGUGUUGCUCUUCGACCUUGGUAGUUUAUGUUCUAUCAAAUUUUGGUUGCUGACAGUUAGAUAUCUGCUUAACGUAUUUGAUACUAUUAUAAAGGCACAAAUUUCUU